AUCUACAAUUGUAUUGUUCUUCCCUUCAGCUAUGAUAAAGACACAUUUAUUUCCAUUAGUUGCCUGGGUUGCGUAUGUAUAAUCGGAGACCCUACCUUUAAACCUGUAGGAAAUGGACCUCAGUUGUUCCUCUGUGAAAGUUCUGCUGUUCCUCAUGAGUGGUUUUCUUCAGAUGUCAGCAGUCACACACUCUCUGGAGUAUCUCUAUACUAUUGUAACAGGAUUAAAUUUCCCAGAAAUCACUAUUAUCGGUCUGGUGGAUGGAGAACAGUUUGUGUACUAUGACCGUGGCAUCAGGGAAGCAGUUGUAAAGGCAGAGUGGAUACAGAAGUUUGACGAUAAUUAUUGGAAUAGCGUGACAAACUUUUAUCAAGGUCGAGAGGAUUGGUUCAGAGAAAAUGUGGCUACAGCAAUGCUAAGCAUUAAUCAGACUAAAGGUGAAACGCUUUCAAAGCUAUUCUCUCUCACACACAGACACAUCUUCUGAGACACACAUUGUAUUACACACUCGUACUUUCUCACACAACUACAAACAAAUAAUGGACUUGGAUGCAUGUGAUGGUGCAUUAACUUUCAUUAACUUUAACUGUUUCAAUUCAACGAAAAAGAGAUUGCAUCUGAGACAUUCAUGAAUGUUGAGUUAACUAAACAGGAAUCUAGAACAUGUAUGCAAAAAUACUGUCAAUGUUAUUUGAGGAAUACAAUUUAUCAGUGGCGGUUCUAGGAGUUUUCUGUAAGGGGCCACAUGUUACAUUCAGGGGCCAAAUACAGGGUAUAUUCAAGCACACAUUACAUUCAGUACGGUGCAAAUACAUUUCGGUAGUCAUUCCUUUA